AUGAAGCAGACUGGAAGUUGGGGAACAGUUUGACCAUGAGGGCUCUCUUGUGUCUUUGCUGUGUGCUCUUUGCACAAGGAGUGCAAGGUCAGACAACCACAUAUUAUACAGAAACAGCUCAACCAUCAUGCCGCUACAACUGUGGAAACCACCUGGGAAGCUGUUCCUGCUCCAGCUCCUGCCAAUACAAUGGAAACUGCUGUGAUGACUUCUACUCAUACUGUGAUUACGGCACCACCGAGUAUCCUACCCCAACCCAGCCUUCCUGCCGUUACAACUGUGGUUCUGAUAUGGGAAGCUGCUCCUGCUCAUCCUCAUGUCAAUGGAAUGGAAACUGCUGUGAUGAUUACAACUAUCAAUGUGGAUGGAUCACUGAAACUACAGCUCCGCCUUCCUGUCGUUACAACUGUGGUUAUGAUAUGGGAAGCUGCUCCUGCUCAUCCUCAUGUCAGUGGAAUGGAAACUGCUGUUAUGAUUACCACUAUAUGUGUGGAUGGUCCACUGAUGGUCCCCAGGAAACCACAGCUCCGCCUUCCUGCCGUUACAACUGUGGUUAUGAUAUGGGAAGCUGCUCCUGCUCAUCCUCAUGUCAGUGGAAUGGAAACUGCUGUCAUGAUUACCACUCUAUGUGUGGAUGGUCCACUGAUGUUCCCCAGGAAACCACAGCUCCGCCUUCCUGUCGUUACAACUGUGGUUAUGAUAUGGGAAGCUGCUCCUGCUCAUCCUCAUGUCAGUGGAAUGGAAACUGCUGUCAUGAUUACCACUCUAUGUGUGGAUGGUCCACUGAUGUUCCCCAGGAAACCACAGCUCCGCCUUCCUGUCGUUACAACUGUGGUUAUGAUAUGGGAAGCUGCUCCUGCUCAUCCUCAUGUCAGUGGAAUGGAAACUGCUGUCAUGAUUACCACUCUAUGUGUGGAUGGUCCACUGAUGUUCCCCAGGAAACCACAGCUCAGCCUUCCUGUCGUUACAACUGUGGUUCUGAUAUGGGAAGCUGCUCCUGCUCAUCCUCAUGUCAGUGGAAUGGAAACUGUUGCCAUGACUUCAACUAUGAAUGUGGACAUCUUCAAACUUCUGCCCCCACACCAGGAAACUGUGGAGGGUACCUGUAUGGCAGCAGUGGCACUUUUGAAAGCCCCAACUAUCCAAACAACUACCAAAACUACCUAGACUGUACUUGGUACAUUAGACCUGGUCGUCAGUUUAUUCGUUUGCAGAUUUCUGAUCUUGACACCGAGUGUUGUUGCGACUGGGUUUAUGUUUACGAUGGCUCCAGUACCAGUAGCAGGAAUGUGUUGCAACUCUGCAGCACAAAUUAUGUUGUCUACCAUUCCACUGGCCCCUAUUUAACUGUUCGCUUCAGAACUGAUCACAGUGUGACCAACAGGGGAUUUCAAGCUAGCUACACAAGUGUUGCUGAAAGCUCCUGCCAGUACAACUGUGGUUACCAGGCUGGAAACUGCUCUUGCAGCUCAGACUGUGAAUACAGAGGGACCUGCUGUGAUGAUUUCAGAGCUUACUGCAAUAGCACCAGUGGAACCACCUCUGAUCCAGGACUGGACCACUCAACCACCACAGAUCAACCUUCCUGUCGUUACAACUGUGGUUAUGAUAUGGGAAGCUGCUCCUGCUCCUACUCAUGUCAGUGGAAUGGAAACUGCUGCCAUGACUACAACUCUUACUGUGAAUCAACCACUGAGGAGCCCCCAACAGGUCAGACAACAGCUCCACCAUCAUGCCGCUACAACUGUGGAAACCACCUGGGAAGCUGUUCCUGCUCCAGCUCCUGCCAAUACAAUGGAAACUGCUGUGAUGACUUCUACUCAUACUGUGAUUACGGCACCACCGAGUAUCCUACCACAUCUCAACCAUCAUGCCGCUACAACUGUGGAUACCACCUGGGAAGCUGUUCCUGCUCCAGCUCAUGCCAAUACAAUGGAAACUGCUGUGAUGACUUCUACUCAUACUGUGAUCACACCACCAACACUCCUACCCCACGAAACUGUGGCGGGUACCUGUAUGGCAGCAGUGGCACUUUUGAAAGCCCCAAUUAUCCAAACAACUACCAAAACUACCUAGACUGUACUUGGUACAUUAGACCUGGCCAUCAGUUUAUUCGUUUGCAGAUUUCCGAUCUAGACACCGAGUGUUGUUGUGACCCGGUUGAUGUUUACGAUGGCCACAGUACCAGUAGCCGGAGGGUGUUGCAACUCUGCAGCACAAAUUAUGUUGUCUACCAUUCCACUGGACCCUAUGUAACUGUUCGCUUCAGAACUGAUAGCAGUGUGACCAAACAGGGAUUUCAAGCUAGCUACACAAGUGUUGCUGAAAGCUCCUGCCAGUAUAACUGUGGUUACGAGGUUGGAAACUGCUCUUGCGACUCAGGAUGUGAAUACAGAGGGACCUGCUGUGCAGAUUACACUGCUUACUGUAAAACCACCAGUGACCAACCAGUGACCACCUUUCCAGAACUGACCCCAACAUCAGCUCAGCCUUCCUGUCGUUACAACUGUGGUUAUGAUAUGGGAAGCUGCUCCUGCUCAUCUUCAUGUCAGUCGAAUGGAAGCUGCUGCUAUGACUACCAUUAUCAGUGUGGUUUUUAUUUUACUACUUCCAACACACCAGUAACUUGUGGUGGGUUCCUGUAUGGCAGCCACGGCACUUUUGAAAGCCCCAACUAUCCAAACAACUACCCAGACAACCUAGAUUGUACGUGGUACAUUAGACCUGGUCAUCAGUUUAUUCGUUUGGAGAUUUCUAAUCUAAGCACUGAGUGUGGUUAUGAUUGGGUUGACGUUUAUGAUGGCUACAAUACCAACAACAGAAGGGUGUUACAACUCUGCCACACAAAUCAAACUGUCUAUCACUCCACUGGCCACUAUGUAACUGUGCACUUCAGAACUGAUGGCAGUGUGAGCCGAGGCGGAUUCUAUGCAAGCUACAGAAUUGUUGCUGAAAGCUCCUGCCAGUACAACUGUGGUUACCAGGCUGGAAACUGCUCUUGUGACUCAGGAUGUAAAUACAGAGGGACCUGCUGUGCAGAUUACACAGCUUACUGUAAUAGCACAAGCCAACAACCAGGAACCACCACUUAUCCAGGAUUGACCACAUCACCAGCCUAUUCUUCUUGUCGUUACAAUUGUGGUUAUUAUGCUACAAACUGCUCCUGCCACUAUUCAUGUCCAUACUAUGGGAACUGCUGUCAUGACUACAACUCAUACUGUUCAAUCGGAACAACACCCUCUGGGUCGUGUGGAGGUUCCCUUUUUGGCUCUGGCACCUUUACAAGCCCCAACCAUCCUGGCUACUACAGUGACAACUCCUACUGUGUGUGGCAGCUCAGAGCUGCAUACGACCAAAGGGUCUUCCUGCACUUCUCUUACCUGGAGUUGGAGAACUGUUGCAGCUGUGACUAUAUAGCACUCUAUGAUGGGCCGUCUGUUUAUUCACCAUACUUGGGGAGAGUGUGCAACAACAGUGUGAGCUCUUUCCACUCCACCUCCAACUAUAUGACUGUGCUCUUCCGGACAGAUGGGUCUAUUGUCGGCCGAGGAUUCAGGGCUGAGUUUACGAGCUCUCUGAAAUCCAGCUCAGGUAGUGUUGACUGCUCCUCUGGCAACAUGAACAUUGUCAUCAAUAGAGCUUACCUGAACUCUCUGGGAUAUGACAGCAACAAUCUCUACCUUAAUGAUCCAUACUGCAGGCCACAGAUUUCCAGUGAUAACUUGGUUUUUAAUUUUCCCCUCAACACUUGUGGAAACAUUAAACAGUUUGUCAAUGGCCGAAUUGUGUACUCCAACUUCCUCCGUGCAUGGCCCUCCACCCAUGGAGAAAUUACACGUCAGUCUUACCUAAAGAUGAAUGUCUCCUGUCUGAUGGAGUCAGAUUCUGUGUCCCAGAUUUAUUUUGUUGUGGAACAUGGGGGGAACAGCAGCAUCAUUGGUUCAGGUCGAUUCAAUACAACAAUGGCUUUCUACACAUCCAGCAGCUUCUAUUAUCAGGUGACUGAGUUCCCAUAUCUAGUAGAUCUCAACCAGUACUUGUAUGUUCAAGUGUACUUGACAAGGCCUGACAGUAGCCUUGUUCUCUUCCUGGACACCUGUGUGGCCUCCCCAUCACCUUUCAACUUUGAGUAUAGACCAUAUUAUUUAGUUCGAGAUGGGUGCACUUCUGAUGAAACCUACCAGCCAAUCACUUCCGGCUCCCAGUACAGAGCCCGCUUUUCAUUCAGGGCCUUCCAGUUCCUGCGAGGAACAGAUUCUGUGUACCUCCAGUGCAAAGUUGUGAUCUGCCCUGCUUCGGAUUUCAAUUCCCGUUGCCGCCGUGGAUGCAGUAGACGUGUAGCCAGGGAGUUGGAAUCUGAGCAUGAGAGCCAAACUCUGGUUGUCGGUCCUAUCCAGCUCAAAGACCCUGAGAAAGAGAAGGAAGGCCCUGAAAAGCAGAAUGAGGCUUAACUUAAUGCUGCAGAAACCUUCUCCAAUCAUCUUUCUAUUACUUUAAAAACAAAAUGUUAAAUCCUACUCACUUUAACUUUCCUGUCUCAUUACCUGAUUAAAUGCAUUUUCAA